CAACUUAGCCUGGGUUUGCCUGAAGAAGGAUUCUGGAGAUGUUUACUGCGCUCAUUGUAAUUGCAUGGCAGGAUUGGGAGAAACAUGCAGUCACGUUGCAGCGAUACUAUUCAAAAUGGAGAUUGCUGCGAGAUGGAAGUUUACGGAAAAGUCUUCAACAGAUGUGGGCAGAAUGUGGAAUCAGCAUUUCAAAGAACAGGUUGAUCCUGCUCCGGUAACCAACAUGCAGCAUCUGUUCGGAAACAGAAAGAAGACGGUUGCAUCAGUAACACCAUCCGGCAAGGACCCACUUCCAAGUGAAGAGAUACUGAUCGCAUUAUAUCAGGCUUGCCCCAACGCGUCCUUCUUCAACCUGAUUCCCGAGAUGUUCCCAGGGCAAAGGAAACCUCCACAAGCUAAAGAAGAUCCCCUGCCAUUUAUGCCAAUAAGCUUGUACAGAGAAGAGGGUAAAGAGAUGACACCAACUGAAGUCCUUAGGGCAGUGGACGACCUGAUUGCCAAUACCAAGGUAACUCAAGAACAGGUCAUCGCUCUAUACAACAAGACCAAGACCCAGAACAUUUCUCCACUUUGGUACAAUCACAGGAAGGGUCGUAUAACAGCCUCUAAAGCCCAUGAAGUAUUGACUUUGAGGGAGUCAACCUGCAGAGCCAAUCUGGUCAUGCGGGUCAUUGGGUACAAGACUUACAACUUGAGCAACAAGGAGAGCAUCAAGUGGGGACUGGACAAUGAGAGCGUUGCAAGGGACCUGUACACCAAGCACCUCCAAAGUCAGCAUACCAACUUUGAUUGCGUGCAGUCGGGUUUUAUGGUGUAUGAGACAUGUCCCUUUUUUGGUGCUUCAGCGGAUGGAGUUAUCAGCUGUAGCUGUUGCGGAACAGGAAUCCUAGAGAUCAAGUGUCCCUUCAAGCACCGUGGAGCCACAAUACAAGAAGCUGCAUUAUCAGACAAGGACUUUUGUAUUGAUAGAAACAUGCAGCUUAAAACUGGACACAAGUACUACACACAAGUGCAAUUCCAACUGUUCGUGUAUGAGGUACAAUUUUGUGACUUUGUCAUCAUGACACAGCCAGCCUCUGGAAACUCGAUGCUAAUUGUACGCAUUUUCAGGGACAAUGUGCUCAUUGACAAGCUUCAAAAAUGUUGUCAAGAUUUUCUGAAGAAUCACCUUGUGCCCGAGAUAUUCACUCAGUGCCUUAAAAACAAGGAAACAACUGCUAUUAAACACAAAGAGAGUGAUGUGCUUUGGUGCAUUUGUAAUGAACCUGAAUAUGGUAAGAUGAUAAUGUGCUCCAAUGAAGAAUGCCUGAAGGGUUGGUACCAUUAUGGUUGUGUAAACAUUAAAAGAAAGUCCAGGGGCAAGUGGGUUUGUGCUCGGUGUAAAUAG